AUGAAUAUCUUUCUCGAUAAAUACGGAACCGAUACAACUACAAACUUGCAACUUAUGAAAUGGGCAAAUGAGUUAAAUAUAUCACCGUUUUAUCAUUGUAUGAGAGAUGAAAUAAAUAAUCUCAAAUAUAAGAAAGGUAUAAGUGAAGAUGAAUUAGCCGCAUUAGAAACCAAACUCAAUGAUAAUAGUGAAAAAGUCGCCAUUCAACAACAAUUAGACAAUCUAGUAGAUAAAACUCAGUUAGAAAGUUUUAGUUCAUUAUUAUCUAAUUUAGAUGAUAAGAUAACAAAACAAAAAAUAGAUCUUAAACAAAUGAUAGCCAAUAUUAAUCCAGGUAUAAGUGAAGAAAAAUUAACUGAAUUAGAAACCAAACUCAAUGAUAAUAGUGAAAUAGUCGCCAUUCAACAACAAUUAGUUAAUGUAGUAGAUAAAACUCAAUUUCAAAAUUUAAGAUCAUUAAUAUCUAAUUUAGAUGAUAAGGUAACAAAGCAAAAAAUAGAUCUUAAACAAUUAAUAGAUAAUAUUAAACCAGGUAUAAGUGAAGAAAAAUUAACUGAAUUAGAAACCAAACUCAAUGAUAAUAGUGAAAUAGUCGCCAUUCAACAACAAUUAGUUAAUGUAGUAGAUAAAACUCAAUUUCAAAAUUUAAGAUCAUUAAUAUCUAAUUUAGAUGAUAAGGUAACAAAGCAAAAAAUAGAUCUUAAACAAUUAAUAGAUAAUAUUAAACCAGGUAUAAGUGAAGAAAACUUAACUGAAUUAGAAACCAAACUCAAUGAUAAUAGUGAAAUAGAUGCUAUUCAAAAACAAUUACUCAAUCUAGUAGAUAAAACUCAAUUAGAAAAUUUAAAAUCAUUAAUAUCUAAAUUAGAUUAUAAGAUAGGAAAACAAAAAAUAGAUCUUAAACAACUAAUAAAUAAUAUUAAACCAGGUAUAAGUGAAGACACAUGGCAAAAGGAAUCAACUGCUCUAGAAACUAAAUUUAAAACUGAAUUAAAAAAAGAACUAACAAAUAUUAAUCAACUGAUACAAAAUAUUUAUGAUAGCGAGAUUCAACAACAGAUAACUACUAUUAAUAACGAAGUUUUAAAACAGGAAAAAAAUAUAGCCACAUUAGAAAAACAUCUCAAGGAAAAUAAAAAAUUAUAUUAUUUCAAUCUUCCAGUUUUCAGUGUGAGAAAUACUGAACGUAUUCCUACAAGUGAAACAACAUUUCAGUUGGAAGGAUAUGGAUUUAUAUUAAAAAUAAAAGUAUUUUCAUAUAUAAGUGGAAACGUUAAAAACAUAUUUGAUGAUUCAGGAAACUUUAAUUUCCGAUGUAAAUCUCUAAUUGAAAUUCUUUUUCCUGUAAAAGUUAAAAUCGAUUCAAUCUUCUUCUCUCAUCCAUCUAACUAUUUUAACGCCAGUAAGAUUUUCGAAUUUAUCAAAGAUGGUGAAUAUGUUGAAAAUAAAGAUUUGGAAGUUAAUGAUGAAAACAACAAGCCUAAUCAUAUGUAUGAAAUUAAAACAAAUGGAAAAUAUAUAGACACCUUUAGAAUGUCAAUAAUACCAGACAAUGACAGCGAUAUUCUUUCAAUAGGUAAUUUUGAUAUGAUAUUAAAGACGGAAAGCUCACCAUCGAUAAACAUUAUUAGAAAUCCAACUCCACAAAAACCACACACAAUAAAGAGUUAUACGUUUUUAAGAACAUUAGACUUUGAAUAUGUAAAACUAUAUUUUGUUAAUACUAGUUUUUCACUCAAUGUACGAAAAUAUUAUCCUGAUUUACCUCAAUUGAUAUUCACAAAAGUCAACAAGAUAAAGAAUUUAUAA